AUGAGUGACCAAGCAUCAAGUCCAUCCUUGGUCACCACCGCCCUGCUGACGGUCGCGAUCGUAUUCCCGAUUUUGGCUACCUUAGCCGUUGCGCUUCGCAUCUGGUCGACGCUAACCAGGACAAAGAAGCUAUUUGUCGAUGACUAUGUUAUCCUUCUGGCCCUCUUGUUUGCGUGGGGGGUACCCAUUGAUGUUUAUGUCGCGGCGGGACUAGGAGGGGUUGGUAACAGCAGCUUGUCUGCCCUAGAUGCCUCUAGGGUCUUUCUCCGGGCUCUAUGGAUUGAGAUUUUUCCUCUCAUUACUAGCUUGGUCCUCGUGAAGGUUUCUAUUCUUCUGUUCUAUCAAAGGAUCUUCGUAACUCCAUGGUUUCAGCUGGCCGUGAGGAUCUAUAUUGCCAUCUUGGUCAUGUGGGGAAUCGCCUGCCUUAUCGCUCAAUUGCUGGCGGGUAAUCCGGUAACCGCAGCUUUCAAUCCACUGGCCAUCAAUCCACUGCGCUACAACUACAACAACUUUAGCAUUGCAUUUACGGGGAUGAGCAUUGGUUUUGAUGUGAUUGUGCUAUGUUUUCCCCUCCCGGUUGUUCAUCGUCUCGUGAUGUCUACUCGGCGAAAAAUGCAAUUAGUGGGCAUCUUCUGGCUCGGAAUCUUCUGCUGCAUUGCCUCCAUCCUUCGAUUUUACUACGUCUACACCGAGGUGUACGCAUCCACAGCUUCGACGGGGGCUAAUCGCUACGUCGUCGUCACGCCGGGAGUGAUAUGGGGAACUAUUGAGCCCAGCACCAGCGUGAUUGCCGCAUGCCUCCCCACCUAUGGCCAUUUGAUCGGGGUCGGUAAGGGACUAUUGACAAGGGUGCGCAGUUUCUGGAGUCGCACAUCCCUCCACAGCACCGGUGGUCGCGAUCACACCCAUGGAUCAACGGCAAAUUCAACCAAGGUCCUGAGUAGCAAAAAUUUGUCCAAUAAAUCUUAUCCCACAACUGGUGGACUCCAUUGGCAUCGCCUGAAGCAUAGCAAAGGGGGGAAUACUGACAUCGAAAUGGGAGAUACAUCAUUUGAGGAUGACAUCCCAUUAAAGACGGAUGCCCAGCCAAUGAGGAUCCAUGUGUCCCAGGACUUUACACAGCAGGAAUUGCCGGCAUCGACGAGCGAUAUCACAACCAGGGGAAAGCCUAUGGGACAGCCAAACAUGUUCUGA